AUGGAGAGAAAAGUGAUACAAGAGCCUAUGUGGAACUUGGGAUUAGGUGAUGGUAGUAAAGACGAUAGUGAUAAUGGUGGUGAUAGUGGUGGUGAUGGUGCUAAUGGGUACCCGGAGAGGACGGAUGAGGCUGACUGUAUUCAUUAUCUGAGGACAGGGUCUUGUGACUACGGUGCAAAGUGCCGGUUUAAUCAUCCACUUGAUCGUAAUUCAGUUAAUGAUGCUAUGAGGGCUAUUGAAGGAGAGCUUCCCGAGCGAUUUGGCGAACCUAUCUGUCAGUACUAUAUGAGAACGAGAAUGUGUAAGUAUGGUGCUUCAUGUAUAUAUCACCAUCCAAAACAUGAAGGUGGAUCUGCAAGCUCAGUAGCAAUAAACAUCUUUGGAUAUCCCCUUCGCCCGGGUGAAGAAGAGUGUUCAUACUACCUGAAAAGUGGACAAUGUAAAUAUGGGAUGACGUGUAAAUUUCACCAUCCACAGCCAGCUGGCAUACAUAUCUUAGCUCCUGGACCUUUGCUUGCAACGCCAGUCGUGCCUGUUUUAUAUCCAACCAUACAAUCACCUGGCCCGUUAUCUCAACAGUAUGGUGUUGUAGUUGGUAAUUGGCCAGCUGCAAUGCCUACUGUUCUCCUAGGAUCAUAUAUUCAAGGGUUGUAUGGUGAAGUUAUUUUUUCACCAGGGAUUGUCCCAAUGGCUGGUUGGAACCCUUAUCAAGCACCUAUGAAUUCAAUUGCGUCUCCAAGUGCUCUAUCUGGUUUGGGAGCGGAACAUAUUUAUGGAAUGACACAAUUGUCUUCUUCAACUCCUGACUAUGUUGGUCCUUAUCUCUCGAUGACAUCUCCCGCUGGCCCUUCAAGUUCUAACCAGAAAGACCAUUCUUUUCCGGAAAGACCUGGUCAGGAUAAAUGCCAGCAUUAUCUAAAAACAGGUGAAUGCAAAUUUGGAUCGAGUUGUAAAUAUGACCAUCCAACACAAUGGAGUGCUACAAAUACAAAUUUUAUCCUCAGUCCUAUGGGCCUUCCUUUACGUCAGGGUACACCAGUUUGUUCUCAAUAUGCAAUGGAUGGAGUAUGCAAAUUUGGUCAUUCUUGCAAAUUCGAUCAUCCGAUGUCGACACUGAGUUACAGUCCACCUACAUCUUCUCUGAGUGAUAUUCAUGUUUCUCCCUACCCUGUUGGCUUGUCAACGACCACAUUGGCCCCAUCUUCUUUGUCAAUGAAGCUAAAGCCUGAAGUUACGGCAAGAUCUAACAAAGAAGACUUCACUACCAAAAAGCUUACCUCUGCUAGCUCAACUGCAAGUUCAGUCAGUUCUAUCUCUUCACAGAAUCUUCCCCUACUAGAAUCUGGUAUCCAGCAGUCUAUUCAGAGCUCUAAGUCUUCAGCUGAUAGCAGUAUUACUCCUCAUGUUAGCGAUGUCCGCACAUCAGUCUGA